CUCGGCUUCAUGUCAUCCACCAUCGUCCGUCGACUGCUGCGAUCGAGUAGGAUGAUGACUAUCACUGCUGCUGCCGCGUUCGCGGCUGCUGCUGUCAUUGCCGCGCCGCCUGCCGCUGGUGCCACAGCGGAGAGUCCUUUUGGUCAGGCUCUGCGCACCCUCCAGGAGCAUCCAUGGACGUCGGCGGCGCUACGUCGUCCGCUAGAUAUUCUGUCGCCGUACAUCCGCAUGGAAUACGCUGUACUCGGCCUUGCGUUUGUCACCAUGACUGCGUCAUUCUUGAUGCCGUACUUGAUGAGUCUGCUGAUGCCGUCGUCGCUAAGUGAUGGCGAUGCGCGUGGUGAAAUCGAACAAGCAAUUCUCACGGCUCGCUUGGAUGCUGCAUCGAAGCGAUCGAAUGCGUAUCCACCGCAGUGCCCCGUUCGCAUGACGCGAGGCGACGAUGCUGUGGUGCAGCAGUACAAUUCCAAGCUCGGCACGUACACUCUCACCUCUUGUGGAAGAACUGUGGACGUCCCAGAAUCGCAAGUGGCUCCGACCACCGUGACGGAUUUGUUCAUUUACCCGAUCAAGUCGUGCGCCGGAAUUCGUGUUGCGCACUCGCACGUGCUUCGCCAAGGGCUGCAAUUCGACCGGCAAUGGCUGAUUGUGGAUGGCAACAACGACUUUGUCACGCAGCGAAAGGUUCCCAAGAUGGCGCUCAUUUGCCCCAUCUUGACUCCAUUUGACCCGUCGACGCUGGCUGCGUCGCCGUGUCCUGCUCAAUCGAUUACGCUCACGGCGACAGACCAUGCGAUGAAGCCGUUGGUAGUGCCGGUCCUCUCCCAUGGCGUCGAGCGCAACGUGCGUGUGUGGAAAGACCGCGUCGAUGCUAUCGACCAAGGCGACGAGGCGGCGGCAUGGGUUGCUACUUUUCUGGGACACCCGAGCUACCGCCUCGUGCGACUCAAGGACUCGUUCAAGCGCCCAUGCGACCCGGCCUUUGCCCCGGAUCAUGAAACAGGAUUCGCCGAUGGUUUCCCCAUCUUGAUUGCUGCGUCGUCGUCGCUGGAUGUACUGGAACGCGAGCUACAGCGCCCGAUCGGCAUGGAGCGGUUCCGACCCAACAUUGUCGUGUCGGGGUGUCCUCCUUGGGCUGACGACGUCUGGCAAGCAUUUGAAAUUGGGCGAGACGCGGCGCUGCGCUUCCGCAAUGUCAAGCCAUGCUCGCGAUGCUCGAUUCCGUCGGUGAAUCCCACGACCGGCCUCAAGGACGAUGACGAGGUCGUGACCAGCGUGCAGGACGUGUUGAAGGCACACAGGAACGGCAAAGAGUUGGGCUUUCUUCAAAAAGCAGCGCACGAAGUCUUCUUCGGAUCAAACGUUGUGUGCGACAAGUUGGGCGCGCUUUCUGUCGGCGACGUCGUCAAGGUGUUGACGGUCAAGUCGCCGUAGAAGGCGUGGCUGGGUUUGCGGUUCAGAACUCGGCUUGCGCGACGCAGGAUGGAUGGCCGAGAGAAUUUCGUAAAGCCAGCAUGCAGCACAUCCAUCAUCCAGCAGUGUGUAGAUUCAACCAACGACUCGCCAACUAUUCUACCAGGUCAACGCUAUAACCAACAAUAGGUCGUUGGCAUAAAAUACAGGCGCUGUUACAGA